AUGGAGUCUUCAAGUCCAACAGAAAUACUCACAAUCAACGAGUUACGCGCAGCAGCGUCGUCCAACCUACAAAAGGAUGUUGAAGAGUACUACAAUGAGGGAGCCGGGGAUAUGGUCACCAUGAGUGAGAAUGAGACAGCCUUUGAUCGCUUCAAGAUUCGACCCCGUAUUCUUUGCGACGUGUCCAAUAUUGAUACCUCAACAACAUUUCUUGGCGAAAAGGUCUCCUUGCCGAUAGGAUUUGCGCCAACAUGUAUACAGUGCCUUGCACAUCCUGACGGUGAAGCGGCGACAUCUCGAGCAGCAACCCAACUGAACAUCCCAAUGGUCUUAUCAACAUUCUCAACGGUAUCAUUGGAAGAUGUCAUCUCUGAGCGCAAAGAGGGCCAGAACCCAUACGCGUUCCAGCCGAUCUUCCCCAGGGAUCGAAGUAGAACACUGGAUUGGAUGAAACGAGCUGAAAGUGAGAAAUCUGGUUACAAAGCUAUUUUUAUCACUGUAGAUGCUCCAGUUACGGCAAAUCGCCUGAGGAAGAAAAGAAAAAGCUUACAGCUCCCCCCACACCUUUCCUACCCCAACCUGUCGGACAAUUCGGACAGAUCGAGUGACAAGUCUGGUCACGAUCCGGGUAAAAGAUGGGAUGAGGUUAUCCCAUGGGUUAAAGCUAACACCAGUUUAGAAGUAUGGGUGAAAGGCAUCUCUUGCCCAUAUGAUGUACUGAAAGCAAUUGACUACGGCCUGGACGGCCUGGUCAUCUCAAGCCACGGAGGCAGACAGCUAGACGGUGUUGCAGCAGCCAUCGACGUCUUGGCUGAAUGUGCUCCAUUGGCGAAGGGUCGCAUCAAAAUUGGUUUCGACAGUGGAAUCCGUCGAGGAGCUGAUGUAUUCCGUGCAUUAGCCUUAGGUGCCGACAUCUGCUUCCUUGGAAGAAUCCCCUUAUGGGGUCUGGCUUACGACGGGCAGGCUGGAGUUGAGCUAGCGGUGAGAAUUUUGGAGGAGGAGCUUCGCAACACUAUGGCACAUGCAGGUGUGAGCAAGUUGUGCUUCAUUAAAGGAAAUAUCGAGAACGCAUGUGUCGGUCAUUGGCGCCAAUGGGCUGUUGUGUAA